AGUCGGCAGAAAAUAAAGUGGGUGUGGUGGCCUACACAGUAUUGAUCAAGGCAGUGAUAAAGCAUCUUCUAGUUAGCUAGCUAGCUGUUUUUCUAACCAUGGCAAGUGGGAUCCAGAACAUAGUGAACAAAGUCAAGAGUCAUGCUAGAGAGUUCAGAGACUCCAUUACUCCUAUUCUGCAGAAAACUGAGUUCAAGGAGAGUGGGAAGAUCACUCCAGAUGAGUUCAUGUUAGCCGGUGACUUCCUCGUUCACCACUGCCCCACCUGGAGCUGGGCUUCUGGAGAAGCUUCCAAGCAAAAGUCCUAUCUUAACCCAGACAAGCAGUUCCUGGUCACCAAGAAUGUGCCCUGUUACAGACGAUGCAGUCAGAUGAGAGUGAUCCCUGAGAACGAGAAGUUGAUUCAGUUGGAGGGGAAUGAUGAUGAGGACGAGGGUUGGGUGGACACUCACCACGGAGUCACUCUCGAUAAAAAUGUGGAAAAGAUGUCAGAGAUGAAGAUGGACGAUGUCAAAGAGAAGACGGUGAAGGUUGAUAAGCCAGACAUGCCGUUGGUGGGAGGUAUGGGAGCAGAGGAUGAUGACUCAGACACUGACUCGGGUCCGGCCCUGGAUAUAGAUGACUAUGAUCUUGAUGAAGGGGAUGACCCUGCUGCUCUACCGGCCAAUCCUGUUCCAGUCCCUAAAUCAAAAGACAAUGCAGAUGAGAUUGGAAUACUCUCCACUCGUACUUAUGACCUACAGAUCACCUACGAUAACUUGUACCGGACCCCUCGACUCUGGCUGUUUGGGUACAACGAGAACCAGAAGCCACUCAAUGACGAUGAGACGUAUGAGGACGUCAGUCAGGAUCAUCUAAACAAGACGGUGACUCUGGAGACUCACCCACACCUGCCCCCUCCUCCCAGAAUGUCAGUGCACCCCUGCAGGCAUGCUGAGGUAAUGAAGAAAAUAAUGACGAUGAUGGAGGAGGACGGGCGGGAGCUGGAGGUCCACUCUUACCUGCUCGUCUUCCUCAAGUUCGUACAGGUUGUCAUACCUACCAUCGAGUACGACUUCACUCAACAGAUUGCCAUCACUUCUGCAUAGCUAGUGUGUGUGUGUGUGGAACUUCUAGUGAAAUGUGUGUGUGUGUUGUGUAGGGCUCUACGCUUAGCUGACUGUUUUUUUGCGUUGAUGUUGUAUGUUUGACGACCUUUACCAUAUUUAUGUAUAGGCUGAUUAGUGUUUAUUUGUUUGACCGUAAUUACCAGGUUUAUCAUAAUUAUGCCCAAUAUUA